AUGACUGCCACGUCGGCCACCACAGUAACCACGGAUGAUAGUUCUCUGCUGAAUAAUACUCUUACCUCGGCUAUUGUCACCCUCGUUAUCGGUUCCGAACAACGCCUGUUUGCCGCUCACGAGGACGUCCUUUGCGUCUCUCCCUUCUUUCACAACGCUCUCCGUGGCAACUUCAUGGAGGAUGCACCCCGCCGAAUUGCCCUUCCGGACGAGGAACCCGAAAUCUUCUCGUCGGUCCUCGAGUACUUAUACAAGGGGGAUUACUAUCCUCGUCUCAUCCACAACAAGCGUCGUAAUAGCUGGGAGCUGGAGUCUGCCUCCGACGAAGCCAGGGAUUCCGUCGAGUCGACCGUCUACCAUCACGCCAUCGAGGGCGACAUCCUCAAGGACACCGUCAUCUACUGCACCGCCGAAAAGUAUGGUCUCGAGGAGCUGAAGCGUGUCGCCUUGCGAAAGCAGGGUCUUCAGUCCGGGAUUCAGUGCAGCACCAUCCUGGCCUCUGCACGCUACGCGUACGCCAAUACUCCCGACUCCGACUCGAAGCUGCGCGCCCACUACCUCGCUCUCAUCAUCCGCAGCCGCAGCACUUUCAAGCGAAGCGGCACCAUGCAGCUCGAGAUGUACAAUGGUGGUACCCAGCUCUUCUUCGACUUGUUCGUGGCGCUGUGCAACCACGUUGACGACAUCUCGGCAUCGUGA